AUGAGUAAUAAGGCAGCAAAAGUGGCAGAAUUAUUUACAAAAACCAUGGCAACAACAAGAUGUUUUGAUCAAAACUUACGUAAGGUCAAAGUUGUAUGUUGUACAAAUGGAAAAUUAGUUACUGAAUUUCAAGUAGGGCCUGAACAUCUCAAUCAGAGAGGAACUCUUCAUGGAGGUUUUAUAGCACAUUUAGUUGAUGCCAUAUCUACAUAUGCUUUAACAGCAAAUGAUACAGUUGAAACACGAGGCGUGUCUAUUGAUUUAAGUAUAAGUUAUUUAAAUGCUGCAAGAGAAGGUGAACACGUGGAAGUGGAGGCUGUUACCAAAAAAUUAGGGAAAAAGAUAGCGUUUCUUGAAGUUGAAGUUAGGAAUAAAACAAAAAAUCAAUUAUUGGCAAUAGGGCGUCAUACCAAAUAUGUUGGUAUAUAA